AUGGCAGAGAAGGAUUUCAUCAGUUGGCAUCUACUGGCUUUAUUUUUUCUUCCAUUUUGCCUGUGUCAAGAUGAAUACAUGGAGGUGAGCAGAAGAUCUUAUAAACCAGUGGCCAAAAUAUUGCAAAGUCACCACCAGACUGGUCAUAAAGGUUCCAGAAGCAGGGAAAUAUUGAAACAGCGGAAUCAACUUAUAGAGUGGACUGUUGAUAAUAGCACAUCUACAGACCAUAAAGUCCUGAGACCAGAGGUAGAUGAUGUAGAACUGACUACCUCAGAUAGAGUCCAGCCCCCCCAGCCUGGACCACAGAAUCCAGACUGCAGCUCCUGCUGCCGAGGUGACUUUGGAGUUCGACUCUACCAAGGGCCCCCAGGACCUCCUGGGCCCCCUGGGAUGCCAGGAAAUCAUGGAAAUAAUGGAAAUAAUGGAGCAACUGGUCAGGAAGGAGCCAAAGGUGAGAAAGGAGACAAAGGAGAUAUGGGACCAAGAGGAGAGCGUGGACAUCAUGGACCCAAAGGCGAGAAGGGUUACCCUGGGAUUCCCCCAGAGCUACAGGUCGCAUUCAUGGCUUCGAUGGCUACUCACUUCAGCAACCAGAACAGUGGGAUCAUCUUCAGCAGUGUUGAAACCAAUGUUGGGAAUUUUUUUGAUGUCAUGACCGGGAGAUUUGGUGCUCCAGUGAAUGGGGUCUAUUUCUUUACUUUCAAUAUGAUGAAACAUGAAGAUGUGGAGGAAGUGUACGUGUACUUGAUGCAUAAUGGUAAUACAGUGUUCAGCUUAUAUAGCUAUGAAUCCAAAGGGAAAGCAGAUACUUCAGGAAAUAGCGCAGUCCUAAAACUCGCCAAAGGAGAUGAAGUUUGGCUGCGAAUGGGAAAUGGAGCCCUCCACGGGGACCAUCAACGCUUCUCCACCUUUGCUGGGUUCCUUCUUUUUGAAACAAAGUAA